CCAUGAUUAAAUUAGUAAAUUACACUCUUAAAUCUUAACACUUCCAAAACAUGCAAGCGGGGAGCCGGGAGCGGCUACAUGGAUUGGGGAUGACGACGGGAAGCACCGGGACGGGAAGUGAUGAUAGAGCGGAGGAGUUGCUACUAGAAGAGAGGACGGGGACUGAGACUGGUGAUGGCGAGCCGGGAGCUGCUACGCUGACUGGGGAUGGCGACGAUGCCGACGGGAAGACAGGACGGGAAGUGUUGACGACGACAGGGUCUAGCGCUGCUCUUUUCCCUCUGUUCACGAAGAGUAGAAGACGAAAACUGAAUUAGAGUUAGCCUUUCUUUCCCAGCCCCACGAUUUUGCCUUUGGUUUUCAAUUUUCGAUUUUCUUUUUCAAUUUUUUUUAAAAUAGAACGGCCGGAAGGGGAAAACUGAGCGAUCGGUUCGACCGACUCGAGUGGUUAACGGCCUUGGCUGCUCCAUAAAACCGUAGCGGCUAAAUGACUGGCCUGAGCCGGUUUCGCGACCGGGUGGCGGCUUUAACAGUCCAGUCGGCCUGCUCGGUUCGGUCUUAAUAACACUGAUAUUAAUAUAAUACAUGUUAGGAAACAUUUGGUACUAUCAACUUUUUGGUGUUGAUAACGACUUAUUUAUACAUGUUUGGAUCAUUAUUCCUUGCUCGUUUGACUUGGAUUAGUAGUUCCUUGGCCUGUUUCGUGCUAGGUUGUGUUCCUUUUGUCAUAUUUCAGGUUCUAGAAUGUGGAUAGAGUUUAGAAGCGAGUUUCGGGACGAUCAGAUGUCAAAACGGACCAAGAAGUGAUGUUAGAGCCUAUGUCACGGCUUGGGAAGACAUGUCAUGAUUUAAGCUAUGAAUUCUCAACCAAAACCAUGAAAUGACCAAUUUCCCUAGUGAGAUGAGCCUGUUUCAUGGCUUGAGUCACGGUUUGCCCCUAUGUCACGACCCAUGACAUCCCUAAGUUAUAUCAUGGAAAGGGGUUGGCGAGUUAGUUGAAACAAUGAGUUUUGGAUGUCGCGAACUGAUGUUGAAUGACACAGUCAUGACAUAGGCCUGGACAUGGUCUAUGUCGCGAGUAUAAGAGGAUUUAUGUGAUUAUGGAAGAGGAGAGCUAGGGUUUUCAGCUGAAACACCCAAGAGAUGUUGCAAUGAGUCGAAGAGCGAUCUAGAGUGAUAUUGGAGAAAAAUUGGAGGCUUGUGUCGCCAUUGGAUCUUGAAGAGCAAGGCUAAAAAUGAAGAUUGAAGGAAUUAAGAUUCAUAUUAUAUUCUCUCUUUAUCUCUGGAGUAGUUUCCCUUCACUUAGGUUUUGAAGAACCCUAGUCAUGUUUGCUUGAUUGGGUGAUUGUAUGAGUACUCUAUCUUGAUAUUUUUAAGUUCAUAUCCAAUCUAUACUUGAUUUCAUGAUUUAAUUAUGUUGUAAUCGAGAUCAUUAGUUCUACUUUGAUUCUAUGAGAGGAAAUACCUUAUUAGGUCAAUAGAGCUCCGUGGAUUGGAAGUAGGGGAUCGAGAACACGAGAUGAAUCGAUUCAUUGCUAUGUAUUAAGUGAUAACAUUUCCCAGCAUAGUGAGUUUAGUGUAGAACGCCUUGAUUGGUUGUUUUAGAGAAGGAUACGUCCCUCUUAGAAAUCGACUCAAGAGUACCUUGAUUAAUUUGGUCGAGAUUCAAAGCUUAAAGACUUUCCACAUUAUGAAUGAAUAGUGAAUCAAGUUAGGGAAUCAUCGAUCAUUAAUCCAGUUAGUGGCUAGGACAAACCAAUAUCUAAGUGAGUUCCCAACAUGUAAUUAGUCUAACCUUAUUUUAGUUUGGUAUCGUAGUUAUAGUCUUUUUUACUCUACGUAUGAUUUGGCUAGAUGAUAAACCGAAGCUGAGUAAUAGUAAAUCUAGAGACCCAUGAAUUUUAUUUUUUUAUUAUCUGUGCCACCAUAAUGAGAUAUUGUCUUUGUUCACUAGGCAUUGUCAGAGGUGUAGUUACACCAAGUCAAGUUUUUUGCGUCGUUGUCGGGACGAUCUAAGUUAUUAGGAAAGACAUAAGUUUAUUAAUUUAGUUUUUCUUUCUUUUGUUUGUUUUCUUUUUUCACCCUUUCUUUUCACUUGAGUGGUUUUAUUUUCGAUUGUGCAGGUUUGAAUCAUGAAUUCUCCAACAUGUGAGGGUAUUGACCAACAUUAGAUUGGUGUCACUCCCAGGCUUCAUGGGAUAACCAGUACAAAGAAGGCUACAAAUUAGAGUUCCAGGAGCAACCACUCUUCCAUAAUGCACAACCAGCGCCUUGGGCAUUUCAUGAACCUCCUCCUUAUCGAGAAGAUCUCUCUUUACAACCAACAUGUGCAUAAGAUUUCGACCUAUCCAUGGUGGACUUCUUGGGACUGUAUGCAGAGCUAUGCUACACUCCACAACCAGAUACGAAGAGCCAAUUAAAGCUACUUGUAGAAAAAUUUUGUGCUUAAUAGUGAAAGAGCAUGCUCCAAAUUGACCUUUCAAUCCACCACCCCUCUUGACUAAUCUUUUCUUCGUGAAAUGGAGAUGGAUCUCCGACGCUUAGAGGAGCACAUAGAAGUUAUUGAGCAAGCUUGUGCACGAUUCGUUCAUGAUCGACUUUUAGCUAAUGCAAAAGAGGAGAAUUAUGAGGGGGCAAACCACGAGGACAUUGUGGAGUAUACAUAAGUUCUCAUGGAAAACGCCCAUGAUGAUCAUUGAUCCGACAUAUCCUGUAGUGGCAGACCACACAUUUUCCUAUUUCACAUUGAGCUUUGAAGAGACAGACACGAGUGAGGAUAUUCAAGUUGAUCUUAUCAAAGACAUUGAUUGGCAAUUUGCUAUGCGUCAUGUGCUUCAGGAGGAAGAAAGAUAAAGGGUGAGAAGAGAAGUUGUAGAGGAGGAAGGAAGCAAUAAAAAGGAAGCUCUUGAUUUUUCCCAAGGGGAGGAGCUUAUUGUUGAAGAAGCAAUUAAGGUCCAAGUAGGGGAUGAGGCUGAGGUGGUUGAGGCUUCUAGAAGGCCAGAGUCAUAUCAGAGCUCCCCACAUGACCUUGAGGAGCCUAUAGAAAAGUACCCUUUUGCAGUCUCUCUUUGUUAGAUCAAAACCACACUAUCAUUGAUCCUAGGGGUAUACACGAGUCGGGUGGUUCGGGUUUAGCUAAUUUAAUCACCCGACCCAUGCACUACCGUUUGGGAAAUAUUAAACUCAAACCACGCAAAAAAAUUAAAACCCUACGAUUUCUUUCUAAUUAGGUUGGGCCGGGUUGGCGAUAUUUUCAAGUAAAAAACCAAGCCAACACAAAAUAUGUAAUUAUUCUACACCAUAAAAAUAUUUUAUAACUAAUUAAAACUUUGAACGAAUAAACCGAGGUGAAAGAAUAUCAAAAUUCACAAAUGUUGUUUAAAAUUUAAUAAAAUGUGAUUUACUUCAACAUAUGUCUAGUUUUUUUCAUGAUAUUUGUUGAAAUAGGCUAAAAUGUUAUAAACGAACGCAUCCAUAAUAUGUUAUUCUAUUAAAAUUGCACACAAGAAAAAGAAUUACGUGAAUCAUAGAAAUCUAUGACUAAACUUUAAGCCGAAGA